AAUACAAUCCAUAUCUAUCUAGUUUCAGGUUUCGUGAAGACGAUCAUCAUGGCCAAAGCUCCUGUCAAUGGCAUUCUCCUUCUCAGCCAGCGAUCGUACGGGGCACUAGCGGAGAAGAAAGCGGCGGCGGCAGCGGCAGCGGGCACGAUGAGGAAGGCUGCGGAGGAGGAGGAGGAUGAGAAGAAGAAGGUGUUCUGGAUGAGAGAUCCCAAGAGCGGGAAUUGGAUACCUGAGAGUCACUUCGAUAAGGUCGAUGCUGCAGAGCUAAGAGAGAAGUUUCUCUCCAAGAAGAAGGGCCACCUUUAAACAAGAUCUUCUGAUAACUGUGGCUUUUCCCUGAUCUAUAAUCCUUCAUCUACGAGAAACUACAAUAUGAUCUGUGUUAUGACCCUUUAAACAUGGGGCACGAGAGCGCCUUUCCAUCAAUGAAUAUCUGCCACUUCCAUUA